GCCGUUGACUUUACGUGGACUGAGGAGUGAAAUAAUUGACAAUAAACACUUGCCACCGAAAAAGUCCAGGCGGUUCGUGCUAGUGUUGAAGCCACCAUAUUAUCAAUGAUAUAGUUUUCUCGGGAAGGGGUCGUUUGAAGCUUUGCCGUCGCUGACAGCUGUUUGGACUCGGAGAUAUGGAGCAUAUCCGAACGCCAAAGGUGGAGCAGGUGCGGCUGUUGGAUCGCUUCAGCAGCAAAUCCACAAAUGGCACCCUGUACCUCACAGCCACACAUCUCAUCUUUGUGGAGAGCAGCUCUAACAACUCGACCUCUGCCGGACAGGAGAUCUGGAUUUUGCAUCACCAUAUAGCCUCUGUGGAGAAGCUCUCCCUCACCACCACAGGCUGUCCUCUGGUCAUUCAGUGUCGAAACUUCAGGAUGGUUCAGUUUGUGGUACAGAGAGAACGAGACUGUCACGACAUCUACAGCUCGCUGCUGCGACUUCUACGACCAGUAAGCUAUGAGGAUCUCUAUGCGUUCUCCUACAACCCCAAACAAAAUGACCAACAGAGAGAGGAAGGAUGGCAGCUCAUUGACCUUGGGGCAGAGUUUGAGAGGAUGGGCGUCCCCUGUGACCAAUGGCAGCUCACCGACGUCAACAGAGACUACAAGGUGUGUGAGACAUAUCCACGGGACCUGUACGUUCCCAUCACAGCCAGUAAGCCUAUAAUUGUGGGGAGUUCCAAGUUCAGAAGCAAAGGACGCUUCCCUGUACUCACAUAUUUCUACCAAGAGAAGAAGGCGGCAGUGUGUCGAUGCAGUCAGCCUCUCUCUGGGUUCAGCGCACGAUGCCUAGAAGACGAGAGCCUCCUGCAGGCCAUCAGCAAGGCCAAUCACAACAGCCGAUUUGUUUAUGUCAUGGAUACCAGGCCAAAGUUGAAUGCACUAGCUAACCGAGCAGCAGGCAAAGGCUACGAGAACGAGGACAACUACUCCAACAUCCGCUUCCAGUUUGUUGGCAUUGAAAACAUCCACGUAAUGAGAGCUAGCCUGCAGAAAUUACUGGAAGUGAUUGGAUCUCGGCCUCUCUCCAUGAGUGACUAUCUGGUGGGGCUGGAGAGUAGCGGCUGGCUGCGGCAUAUCAAAGCUGUAGUAGAUGCAGCCAUCUUUCUCACCAAGGCGGUGACAGUGGAAGGAGUCAGUGUGUUGGUUCAUUGUUCAGAUGGAUGGGAUAGAACGGCCCAAGUCUGCUCUCUGGGGUCGCUGCUCAUGGAUCCCUACUAUCGUACUAUCAAGGGCUUCAUGGUACUGAUAGAGAAAGACUGGAUCUCCUUUGGUCACAAGUUUGCAGACAGGUGUGACCAGUUGGAUGGGGAUCCGAAGGAGGUAUCUCCUAUCUUCACUCAGUUCCUGGAGUGUGUUUGGCAACUGACUGAGCAGUUCCCACAGGCGUUUGAGUUCAGUGAGUGGUUCCUGCUGCAGAUCCAUGAGCACGUCCACUCAUGUCAAUAUGGAAACUUCCUUGGCAACAAUCAGAGGCAGAGAGAGGAGUUGCAGUUGAGAGAGCGGACUCACUCCCUGUGGGCGUUUUUAAUGAGCGAGAAACAGAACUACUUGAAUCCGUUCUACAGCCCGGCGUACUCUGAAGCACAUCCUGUUCUGGAGCCCUCCACCCUGCCCUACCAUUUUAAGUUCUGGAGGAACAUGUACCACCAGUUUGAUCGGUCCAUGCACCCACGUCAGUCUAUCCUGAAAACCAUUCUGACGCUGAGAGAGAACAGUCGAAAGGCAGAGAGCACACUGCAAGCACUGGAGACCAAGCUCCAGCAACUUGGCGUGACUCCCGUCGCAACCUCGGACCCCCCUGCAGCUCCUCCUACCAGGGUUCAGCGCUCCAACUCCAACACGCUUCCGCCACGUCCCGACUCCCUCAUCCUGGGAGCACCCAUCAACCACAAAGAAGUGCAACGUCACGAGGAGGACGACGAGCAGGAGGAGGUGGGCGAGGAGGCCAUGGAGAGCACGGACACAGAGCGGACUGUAGAGGGCAGCAGUGGCACUGACAGCAGGAAGCAGAGCUACGGAGAGCUGGAAGGGACAUACAACAGUGAUGUGGCCAAAGAGGAGCCAGCUGUUGUCAGUCUGGAGUUUGGCGUGGCACGUAUGACCUGCUGAAACCAAACCGAGGGAUUGUGGGAUACUGAGGGACAGGUGCAACCGAGUGAGAGGGCUUACUAAAAGUGUGUGCGUGUUAAAGGUGAAGCUGUCAUUUGGUAUGUGAUUAAGUGCUGAUUACGCAAUGGCCCUAAGUGGGCCGGGUGGAUGAAGUUGUAUGUCUGUAUAGUAUAAAUCUCUAUGGAAAGCCUCAUUAUUAUGUCAUAUACUGCAUCUAUAGUGAAAAGGCUUGGUUUUUUUUUAUGAAUGUUGAAAAGCACUAUAGAAAAUUCAAGAAUAUCAUAAGAGAAUAAAUUCAUCAACAAAACAA